AUGGCCUCGCAACAGCAGAUUAGCGCGAGGAAGCAGCAGGAGCUCCAGCUCCAGUAUUCCAACUACAAGAAUGCGCUCCAGCACAUGGCCCAGAAAAUCGGCGACAUUGAACAAGAAACUGAAGAGCAUAAACUAGUCAUUGAAACUCUCGAGCCGCUUUCGGAAAAUCGCAAAUGCUUUCGUCUGGUUAAUGGAGUUCUUGUCGAACGGACAGUUGGAGACGUUGUUCCCUCCCUCAAGACAAAUGCCGACGGCCUGAAGCAGGUACUUGAUGAGCUGUUGAAGCAGUACAAGGCUAAGCAGACAGAGAUGGACAAUUGGAAGAAGAAGAAUAAUGUCCAGGUCGUUCAACAAUGA